AUGUUUCUACUGGUAACUAUAAUAAGUACUAAUGGUCAACUGAAAAAUAUUACUGAUGAUUCAGCAAGUAUUACAUCUGAAGUUCAUUUUUUUAUGACAGAUUCCAUACAUCCUUCAAACUCAGAUAUGAGUACCGAAUCAUCAAUGUUCAUAGAGAAUGUAGAUGACGUCACUAGUGCGAGUAAUAGCGUCAGCGAUACAACGAUUCUAAAUCAACGAACUAAUAAUUCGACAGCAGACACAGCUGUUUACAUAAUCAUUAGUGUAAAUGAAAAUUUCGUCAACAACUCAACGACAAGUUCUAGUACAAUAGCAACAACAGAAGCAACAACAACAAUAACAACAACAACAGCAGCAACAACAACAACAACAACAACAACAACAAUAAUAAUAACAACAGCAGCAACAACACCAACAACAACAACAACUACUACUACUACUACUACAACAUGUAAACAUAUGAUUUUUGUUUCUUAG